AUGCUUGCUCAGAGACUCGGUCUGCAAACAGCGCGCCGCCCAGUGGCGGUCCGCCAGCCUUCGCUCCUCUCGUCGCGCACUCCCCAGCUACUCUCUUCCGCCGGCUUGGUCCAGCAAAGACACGCCGCCUUCCAGUCCGUGUCCGACUCCGAGGCCUCGCAACAAAUCCUGGCCAAGCAGCGCCUGAACCGCCCCGUCUCGCCUCACUUGGGCAUCUACAAGCCCCAGAUCACCUGGUACGGCUCCGCUCUCAACCGUGUCACCGGCGUCACCCUCUCCGGCGCCUUCUAUGUCUUCGGUCUCUCAUACCUCAUCGCUCCCGCCUUUGGCUGGCACGUCGAGAGCGCCAGUCUUGCCGCUUCCUUUGCCGCAUGGCCUGCUGCCCUUGCCAUCUUGGCCAAGCUCGUUGCCAGCUUCCCCUUCACCUACCACAGCUUCAACGGCCUUCGCCAUUUGAUGUGGGACAUGGGUAAGGGCAUCACCAACAAGCAGGUCCAGGUCACUGGCUGGACUGUCGUCGGACUCAGCGUCUUCACCAGCUUCGUUCUGGCUCUUCUGUAG